GAAUCACAAAUGCCGUAGAUAUCUGGUAGUCCUAAAUUAGACAAUUACUUUUUCGGAGUAGUGCCAGAAAGCUUGGUAAGAGCGUUGCAUGCUUGAUUGCUUGUCUAGAGUCUAGAGUAGUACUAUAUAUACAACCCUGCCAAUAUAUGGUUUCCAAACAAAUUAAAAGUUUUUACGUACUCUUGUAGUUGCAAUUCAUUCAUUUCCUCAAAAAACAAGGCAAAUGGCACUCAAAUCAUCAAUACUUUCCCUUCUCUUUUUCUUUCUCUUUUCACUAGCAAACCUCUCAAAUGCUCUUAAAUACCCUCAUAAAAUUACCCAAAGGCCUAGGAAGCCAUGCAAGAGUAUGGUGUACUACUUCCAUGACGUACUCUACAACGGCAAGAAUGCCAAAAACGCCACUUCAGCCAUCGUAGGAGCGCCCGCUUGGGCUAACACAACCAUUGCAGCAGGGCAAAGCCAUUUUGGAGAUGUAGUAGUUUUCGACGAUCCCAUAACACUUACAAAUGAUUUUUACUCCACCCCAGUAGGCCGCGCCCAAGGGUUUUACUUGUACGACAGGAAGGACGUGUUUACAUCUUGGUUAGGGUUCUCAUUCGUGUUCAACUCGACCGAGCAUAAGGGGUCAUUAAACUUUGCAGGGGCUGAUCCUUUGAUGAAUAAGACUAGGGACAUUUCUGUUAUAGGAGGAACGGGUGAUUUCUUCAUGGCUAGGGGUGUUGCUACCUUGAUGACUGAUGCUUUCGAAGGCGAUGUCUACUUUCGACUUCGUACUGAAAUUAACCUCUAUGAAUGUUGGUAAGAUUUGUUAGGAUGCAACAACAUUUUCACGUGAAGUGGGGGUUGCAAAAAUUAUACCACCCACCUUUGUGUUUCUUUUUCUGCUUUUUUUUUUUUUUGGGCGUGUAAUGGCAAGUUUCUCCCUAAUUGAGUAAUUGUGUAUGAUCAAGCUAAGGCCAUUUGAAUUUUGAAAAUGGAGCAGAAUAACGAGUGAAAUAGUGCACUUUAAUUGGAUGCAA